UCGCUCCUUUGCUCUUCUUUCGUCAUGUAAUGGAUCGAUCGGAUUCGGUAUCUUACUUGGAUUCAUUGCCGGCCACAAGCCGCAGAUCUCCUCCAUCCAAGUUGAGCGGAGAAAAAAGGAGCACUUCGGAGCCCAAAGGCAGAUUGGAGACCUCCUGUAAGCGGAUCAAGACGCGGGAUCUGGAUUCGGUUUUGCGCUCUGAAGGGACCAAUACCAAUCCAUCAGAAUCUCUGAAGAUUAAAGAUGACACAGUUCAAGUUCAUUUCAGUAAGAAUGAGGAGAUUUCCCGAAGCACUGAAGCUCAGAACAUGCUUUCAGAUAGACUCGAAGAUGUAACAACAGGCCAGAAUGACCUCUUAGGGCCCGCUACUUGUUUGAGUCUGGGUAGCAUCAGCAACAAUCGCAGUUGUAGGGAUCCCAAAACAAAAUCGCGUCCCAUUGAUGGCUUCGGCUGCAAUGCAGCCUCAUCAGCAUAUGUUGGGGAUAAUAGCAAACCAUCUGUACCACGAAAACCAAACAAUGGCCUUGAUCUUAAUAUUACAACCUCAUCAGGCCUAGGUGUGGAUCUUAAUGGAGAAAACACUUCUAACCUGGUAGACCAACAAAACCCAUUUUAUCCUUAUAAAAGUUUGUGCAAGUUAAAACAUAGAGUGCCUUCAGAGUGUGGGAGCUCUACGGGUCCGUUGGAAGAGACUGAACCACUGAGAAUGUGGAAAGCUAUGAAACAGAACGGCUUCCUAUCAUAUUCACAUGGAGGCGUACCUCUACCAAAGCAGCGUGUUCAAUCAAGGAAGACUAAAGCUGACUCUUUCAAGAGAAAGAUGCAACACGCAAAGAGAGAACAGGUUAACAGGUUCACCAAAAUCGCAGCUCCUAGCGGGUUGCUCUCUGGGCUGAAUCCGGGAAUUAUAAACCAUGUGAGGAACAGUAAGCAGGUCCAUUCAAUAAUUGAGGCCUUGGUGAGAUCCGAAAAGCUUGAAAACCAAAAUCAAAAUAGGCCAGUGGGCCACUUGGGAAAAGGGAGUAAGGAUAUGGAAGACCGAGUGCCUUUGGAUGGGCCAUCUAUUCCUUCGAGUUCGGAGCAUAUAGGUGGGGUCAAUCAAUCACAUGUAGCAGAGAGAAGCAUUCGCUGUGAACCUUCUGUUGGUCCACCCUUCACCUCGGAAUGCAUGGAUGAUAUGCUCACACUGAAAUUAUCGCCGAUCAUCACUACGGCUUUGGAAAAUGCUAGCUGUUUGUGCAGUGAGGACUUCUCAGCAAACCAUGAAAGCAUCAGUUCCCUUUCUAUAAAAGCGGCAACUGUUGCUUCCCAAUGGCUGAAUCUUCUCCAUCAGGACAUCAGCGGACGUCUUGCAGCGCUCCGUCGUAGUAGGAAGAGAGUACUAGCCACUAUUACAACAGAAUUUCCUUCUCAAAUGCCAUACGAGUUCUUCUCAAGCCAAGAGAAUGAUCCAUGUUCUGCAAAAUCUCCCGGUGCUGAAUUUUCCAACAAUGCAGCUCCGGACAUGCAUAUGGCACGAUGGAGGGGCCUUUUUGAUCAAAUGGACAGAGCCCUCUCUGAAGAGGGGAAACAUCUCGAAAAUUGGUUGCGACAAGUCAAAGAAAUGCAAUUGCAUUGUGAGCGGGGUCUGCAAUUUGUCAACAUUCCAGUCACAAGUGGUCUCCAACGGCUAGGCUUAGCAGAAAAGGACUCCAGAUCAAAGAAACUAGAAACUUUGGAGAGGGAAUGUGCCGUCCGUGCAGCUGCUGCUUCGAUCUAUUCCACCUGCAAUCUGAUCACAGCGGCGGAGAACGUGUCCUGCUUCUGAUCAUCAUCAUCUCUGAUUCUUUCUUCUUUUAAUAAUCUUUUUACCUUUCUCCAUUCAAUCCCUUUUUAAUCUCUGUUGUGCAUUGAUAAGUUAAUGUCUAACAAAGCUCAGCUCUGUUUCUUUUUUCUUUUUCUUUUUUUAAUUCUAUGUACUAUUAUUGAAAGGUGUUAUGCUGUUGUUCUGUCAUUUAAAUCUUUAUAUAAAUCUGAAAUAAAUGACUUUUCAGUUG